UACUCGGACAGGAAAGGCCUAUAUCACAUUGUGCCAGGUACGGUAAUCAUCCAUACCUAAAGUGUACCUUUAAUCUAAGGAGGUUAUCUCUUUUCUCUCUGUGCAGGCAUCAUUGAGGCGGUGGCCAAAGACUUCUUUGACAGCGAAGUGAGCAUGACCAUCCUUAACCAAUCAGAGGAGGACGAGCGCACAGGGAGGAAAGAACAUGUGGUCUUCCUGGUCUCUCAGAGGAGCCGAGGGUCAAAUAGGGAUUUCCGGCCCCAAAGAGAGAUCAAGGAGAUUCGGGUGGGUCUGCACACAGGUCCAGUGCUGGCUGGUGUGGUAGGGGACAAGAUGCCUCGAUACUGCCUGUUUGGAGAUACGGUCAACACUGCCUCCCGCAUGGAGAGUCACGGAGUGCCUGACCACAUACACCUCAGCCCCUUCACAUACAGGUAG